AUGUCGCUCAGCCAACCACUCGAGGCGCUCCCCGUUGAGCUUCAGCUCACACUCAUCGGCAUGCUGCCGUUGACAGCGCUCAUCAGGAUGCGGGGCGUCUCGAAGUACUGGAAAACCCUCAUCCAAGCUAACCUCGAUAAACCUCAUGUCGUUCAUCCAACCCGUCGUGCUCUGCUCUUCGUCUGGGAGACGUUCAUCUCCCGCCCUUGCUUCCUGAAGUCUCGUCGGUAUACGCUUCCGCUCCUCAAACCAUUCGACCGCGAGGCCUACAUCGGCAAGUUACCUACUGGAACUCCGCUUGCUUUCGAGAUGUGGAUUCGUGAGUGGCCCUCGUCAGCAGUCAUCGGCUGGAUCUGGCCUGGACUUGACGGCAAAUCCUUCGGAAAGUAUUGCUGGUGCUGGUGGAGGACAUCGCACAUCAAUCGACUCUCAGCCGAAGACGGUGGUCCAACUGUCGGUCGUCUGACUUUAGAAAAGCCGAUUUUCUUCGGCCGUGAUUCGGUCGAUGCCAUCCACAUUCUAAAGAGACUGCAUAAUGAUGGUCAUGGCAGGGAUGUUAUGCUCGCCCUCGAGCAUGAGGACAAGAGGCAUUCUUGGUCUGUUGUGACAUCGUGCAAGGAUUCCCACGAUGUCGGAUUAGGCCCUUUCAAGAGGUCAGAGACUUAUCCAACGUGGACCUCUUUUCUCUACGACUACAUCAACGAGAUCGAUGAAGGAUGUAAAGACUACUACACCUACUACAAGCCCAUUCAUGCUCUCAAGCUCGUCGGACAUCAAUGGACGUUUGCCGGAGAUCAAGAGGAGGGCGAACCAGACGAUCCGGUGUAUACCGACGCGGAUGAAGGUCUGAGGAAUGAGUUUCGGGGAGAUUGGUGCUUGUUUGCACCUGAAAAUGAGGAAGUCCUAUUCUUUGAUUGCCCGAGAGCCCCGGGCGAUAUGGGUGGUGCUGAUCCAUACGACUCAGACGACUCGUAUGAGUGGGAAGGCACAGAUGGCGCGGACGGCUCGGAAGAUGAAGAAGAUGGGGAAGACGCCUAA